AUCAUAUUCUGGGCUUUGUUAAUAGUUUCACUGUUUUAAGUAUGGUAUUAAUUUACAUCAUAAUUGCGUAUAUAAGGAAGCUUUGAGUACUUCCAGUGUUCUCUCUUCAUAGUCUGGUAAAAGAAUGUAAUCCAAAUGCUGGUUGAAAUUGCUUUUAUGAAUUCAAAGACCUUGCCUACCCUUAGGUUAUGAAGUUCAAUGCUGGUAUCAGUGAGCUAAAUUGGGCAUCAUAUUUAAUGAAUGUGGGAUGGUUAUUUGGUCCAUUUACCAUGGAUUGUUAGAUUUGCAUGAAUUAUGGUAAAGUCUUUGUCUAAGUGCAUUAAGGAGGAUUUGUCCUGGUUGUCAUUGUGAGGAAAGGAGGCAGAAUACAGUAGUACAUGGCUCAAAGUACUCGGUCGUUAGAAUGUAUGUAUUUUAAUCAUGUUCCUGUUGGGAAUGCUAACAUAAAGGAAUAGAUUUAGUCAUUGCUGUCAUCUAAGCCCUGGGUUUGUACAUAUGUAAGAAUUAAGCUAAGUAUCUCUGUCUGCUGGAAGUUUAUUUACUCCUGCUGGUAGGAGAUGACUCUGGAAUGUAUUGAUUUAUUCUGUAUACCCCCAGAUUGCUGCAUGCAUUAAAAAAAAACCCAGAUCCUACAGCAAAUAGCUGUGUGCAUCCAGAUAAGGAAUUCAGUUAAUGUAGCACACCAAAGCAUCCUCUGUGACAAUAUUUGUCUAAAUUAUAGGCAACAUUAGAUGGGUCCUCAUGAUAGUCCCUAUUAUUCUGCCAAAAUGUGUAAUGAUUCUCCUCAGAUGUUAUCAGUUGAUGCCCUAGCUGGCAUACACAUCUAUAUCAUUGGGGGUGUCAUGUGGAAUUGUUUUGUUGUUCAUUGCUGUAUGAUGGAUGGAUGCCUUGGAGUAUCACGUAGUGCAAACAGAAUUUCAGAUUCAAAAUAAAUUUUUAUGAAUUGGAUGCCUGCACCUUUUUAUGACAAGCCACAUUCACUGCUGAAUAAAACAUUUUAUGUAAAGAUGACACACUUGUGUUAAAAGAAAAUAAUGUAACAUGAUCAUGCAUGUGCAGCAUGUAAAAAACAGAAAAUUUACAGACCAUGUCAUGUAUAAAAUGAACUGCUUCUAGAUUUUAUCUUCAAAGUAUGGCAGAUUUCUCAAAAACCAGGGUUUUUUUUUUAUAUAAAUAUUACUUGAUGAAAAUCCCAGUUGUAUCUCCUCUCUUGUAGUGCCAUGAUUGGUGAGCUGCAGCAAGUUAUUUAUAGCUCUCUUUGAAUGCCCUGAGACUCUGAAUAUCCCACAUCUGUCUCCAAACAUUCCAUCAACAGAGCCAGCCAUUUGCACUGAAUUCAUUGAAAAACUAACAAUGUAUUUUACUGGACAUAGCAAUUUGGGUUGUCUUUCAAUCGUAUAAGAAUCACAUAAUGUACUUUUAAGUGUUUUUGUAGAAGUUUUCUGGGUUGUUUCCAUCUUCACAUUAAUGCAAGUUGUCUAAACUGAAUCAUAUCAAAUGUGUGGCUUUGGAAAACACAUGCACUUUAAAUUUGUUGUAUUUACUUACAUGGGUUGAAAGCCUGUCUAGGUUUCCGUGUCUACAGAGCUAGAGAUAGCAUUUCAGUUGCAUGUUUUAUUUAUUCUAGGUUGUUUUUUUUUACUGAAUUAAUUUAAAAGAAAGUGUCAUAGGUGUCAGCCGAUAAAGCCUUUUGCUUACAUUAAGGCAUAACAUUGAGGGCUGCAGUGGUUCAGUAACGUGUACCUAUGUAGUAGCAAAGGUCAAGCUAGGUGACUGUGACCAUGGGAACAGUUCGUGAUUUACACGAUUUCUUGGAGGAGGCGGAACUUCUCCACUAUUACAGCGCCCUCUGUAACCAGCUGCGCAUCUCCACAGUACCUCAGCUAAAGUAUGUGGAAGAGGAGGACCUCGCAGGAAUUGGCAUGUCCAAGCCGGAAAUGAGGCGCCUCAAGAAGUUAUACAAAAAAGAGUGUCCACAUGGAGCACUAGGAAAAAUCAAAAAGGCCAGAGAUGCUGUACGGCGAGCAUCCUUACGGUUUACAGGAGGAAGUUCUUUAGAUUUAUCAAAGGACACAGAGGCUAUCCUCACUCGGUCAGAUGGACCUGGCCGCACCCUCAGCCCCUCUCCUCCAGAACAGAGGUCACGACCCACAUCAUACAUUGUGUCACCGGGACGGCAAAUCAUCCCAGCAGAGGCCAUCCACAUCAACAAAUCCCUGGGGGAGGGAGAGUUUGGGGUGGUACAGCAGGGGGUAUGGACCACAGAGCGAGGGGAAAAGGUGCAAGUGGCAUUAAAGUGUCUUAGUAAAGAGAGAAUGGAAAACGGGACUCAAGAGUUUCUGAAAGAGGCAGCCAUCAUGCAGACCAUUGAUCAUGAUAACAUUUGUGCAAUGUUUGGGGUAGUCAUUGAUAAAGAUGAUACUUUAAUUUUGGUGACAGAGUUAGCUCCCAUGAGAUCCCUGCUGGAGUGUUUAAAAGAACCAACGCUAAGAUUAGACUUUCCUCUUUCAAGAUUGUGUGACUUUGCUCAACAGAUUUGUGAUGGAAUGAGUUACUUAGAAAGCAAGCGCCUUAUUCAUAGGGAUUUAGCAGCUAGGAAUAUUCUUGUGUUUAGUAAACACAAAGUAAAAAUUAGUGAUUUUGGAUUAUCCCGGGCCCUGGGUGUGGGGAAGGAUUACUACCAAAGCAAAUACAGUAUUAAUCUCAAAUUGCCCAUUGCAUGGUGUGCUCCAGAAUGUAUAAAUUAUCUCAAGUUCACAUCAGCCAGUGAUGUGUGGGCGUAUGGAGUCACACUCUGGGAAAUGUUCACUUAUGGCUUCCAACCAUGGGCUGGUCUCAAUGGACAGGAGAUCCUUGAAGCAAUAGACACGCCCAACUCCCAGCGCUUGGAGUGCCCAGACCUUUGUCCCAAGGACUAUUAUGAUCUCAUGCUGAAGUGUUGGUACCACGACCCCCAGAAACGACCCACAUUUAGUGAAAUCAGCAUCCUGCUUCCCCAGAUGCGACCCAUCACGAUGAAGGCCUCGAGGGAAUUCCCAGAAGUCACUGUGCCAAAAGAUUAUCUCUACUAUAAAGCUAAUGAUGUUGUCCAUGUUAUUGACAAAAACACAUCUAACAGUCCUGCCCCUGGGCUGUGGAAAGGCAUUUUAAGCAAUGGAAAAUCAGGUUAUUUUGAUCCAGCCAAUUUUGUUCCCUUCAUAGAAACCCGUGCUAGUCCCACCAGCCCUGCCUCUAGAGCACUAACACGCAAAGAAUCCAAGAGACACUCCAAGGCCAAGUUACUGAGUGCUGCUAUGAUCAGUGGGCCACAGAAUGACCUGAGACACACGGGACACAUAGGUUAUGAUGGGGCAGUGUUCGGGGACGUGUCCUUCAUCGGUGAUAACUAUGACAAACUGCCGGUCAAGGUCUCCAGCACUGGUAAAAUAAAUGAGAUUCACAGAAUCAGCCCUGAUAAGGAUGGAUUUUCAAUGAAUGGCCAUCUUGGAUCUGGGCAUUCAUGCAGUGAAAAGGAUGACAAUCCUCAAGAGUUGAACAGGAUAAGCCAGGAAUCAAUAGACAGUACGUUUGCACUGAAAAGUGAUGAAAAUCCCCACAAGAGCAUGGAGUACACGGAUAUUGAUGAUGAUUCCAUUUUUGCAGAUUUCAAGAUGCCUGAUAUAUCUAGUUCUUUUGACCUUGGUCCUUCAUUCAUGGACGAAGUUCUUAGAGCUUUGAAUGAAAAGGAGUCUAAGCUGGAAUCUCCAGAAAAAGAGACCACCCCAUUACAAGAAGACACCAAGUUCAGCUGGGAGGAAACCCAGGAAAAGAAACAGAGUCCUCCCCCCUUGCCGGCUCAGCCCCCCAGGAUGGAAACAAAACGCGAGACCCCAAAGCCUGAGCCUCGAAAACAAGCUAAGGUCAAACCAAUGUCAUCCUCAGAUGAGAAACGCAUGGAAAGUGCCAUUGCAAUGGCCAAUGAAUUUGCUGCACACAGCACCAAAAGUCAUAUGAUUGAUGCUCAAAGCCCUCCCACUUCUCCUAUCAGUGAUAAAAACAUUUUCGACUCUGAAAACUCUGAAUCUCCAAAAUUGAUGAAAAAACUAAAGAACUCAAUAAAAAAGAGUCCAAAAGCUGAAAAGAAAAGAACAUUUUCUGAAGAAUUUUCAAAUAAGGCUGACCUGGAGGAGGAUGUACCUCCUGCAGCUCAGGAAGCCUAUAACAUGCUAGUUGUGAGAGGUUCCAUCAAGGAUACAUCAAAGUCAGAGGAGAAGUCCUUUGAUAGAGAGUUUCGAUUAGAUAGGGGAAGUGAACGGGAGAGCCGUGUGAAACAGGACAGUUACGGGUUACAGAGGUCAAGCCCAGCCAGACAGGACAGUAUAAACAGUUACUCUUCCAGCACCUCCGGACAGGAGAGCUGGAGAUCACCACCUGAAACUGUAUCCAGGCAGGAUAGCUGGAGUAACAGGGAUAUUCCAGCUCAUCAGGAGAGCUGGAGCUAUAAGAGAGAAAGUCCUGCAAGACAAGACAGCUGGAAUAUGAAGAGGGAGAGUCCAGCCAGGCAGGACAGCUGGAGGAGCAAGAGUGAGAGGACUGCAGUUCCUCUAGCUAACACUGCAGAGGUGUUCCUGGAUUCUCAACUGGAGGAACCGGUCAGACCAACACCAAAACCCAGGGCUGAUCGGUCAGAAAUCCCUGUUCCAGCUCCUAAACCAAGAGCAGAAAUUGUUCAGAGGGUAGAGCCUGUUCAGCGUCCUCAGAGACCACCACCCUCAAUUCCCAAAUCCAUGGAUUAUGAUCUGAAAGUGGAUUUGCCGGAAGAGAAAGUGAACGGUGUUAAUAAGCGAUUUAGCACAACUAGUGACCACAAUUCUACAGCAAGUUCAGAAAGUGAGGACAGUAAAAACCAGAUUGAUGUCUUGCGUAUCGAUUUACCAGAUUCUUAUGAUGUGAGAAAGGGAAAUAGCUCUGACACAUCAUCCAAAGAUUCACAGCAAGAUGAAUGUUCAAGAAAUGAACCA